AUGAGUGAUGAGUCCCACUCUGUGCUUCGGGGUUUGAUGAGGCGAGUGAUAAGGGAGAUCGGAUGGAAAGUUAGGGAACGUGAGCGUUCCCUUAUUGCUGCGAGGUGUAACAUCAAGAGGUUCACCCAUAUGCACCCUCCAACGUUUUUAGGAGGACCCGAUCUGAUGAUAGUGGAGGACUGGUUCGAGAAGAUCGAAAGGAUUCUAGAGGUCCAACAUUGCACAAAUAAGCAAAGAGUCCUCUACGCUACCUUCCAGAUGUUUGGGGAAGCUAGGCUAUGGUGGAGUGUGAUGAGUCUGCUGGAGAAACAGAGAGUCGGUCCAAAAGAGAUGACAUGGAGCCGCUUUAAGAAAGUGUUCUUUAAGAGAUACUUCUCAGCCUCUACACGUGAUGCUAAGGUGAAUGAGUUCUCUGUUUUGACACAAGGAGAUAUGACAGUGCAGGGUAUGCUGCUUGGUAUAUAG